AUGGAGGUGCCAAAAGCCCGGGGAGUAGGCAGGUCAGGACCACGUCGACGAACAGGCUGCCUAACAUGCCGAGCCCGUAAAGUGCGCUGCGACGAGUCAAAACCCCACUGUUCUAACUGCGAUCGCCUACGUCUCCGAUGCGUCUACAAGCCCCCGACUGCCCCUGGCACCGGGUGGGCGCGCGACACCACCUCACCAAGUAACACAGCGCACCCGACAUCCGCAAUCACGGCAUCUGCAUCUGCAUCUGCGUCUGCGUCUGCGUCUGCGUCUGCGUCCCGCUCCCCCGAUAUCAAUUUCUUCAGCACGGUACUCCGCUCCGAUGACGGCACGAUCCCCGCACCGGCGCUGCGAGAGCUCCCACCUGAUCAGGAUUACUCCGAAUUCGACAUGCUGGGGUUUAUGGGCGGGAUAACAUCCGAGCUGGAGCAAAAACACUUGGACUUGACGACUGGACUGGCGGCCACGUUCACCGCUAGUCCUGCGCAGUCGCUGCCCGGGAUCGUGCCUAUGGACGAGACGCACUUUGACCGCCGUACGCCGCUCAGCCCCGAUGCUGUGUCCGUGCUGCUCGAGGGGUCCAUCGGGAGCUCAGAUGUGGCUACUACCCGCGGCAGCUGGUCUGAUUCGGGAGGUAGCUCCUAUGAGGACCAGUUGCUGCAGUAUUUUGUAAGGAUUGGCCCGCCGGCUGCGCUUUUCGCGCCGGUCAGUAUGGAGUGGAAGUAUGUGCGGCCGGCGCUAUUGGCCCAUGCGCGAGACUUCAGUCCAUUGCAGAACGCUCUGUUUUGCUAUGCGGAUGUUCAUAAAGCGAUGGUGGAGGGAAAGCGGUGGCACUGGGCGCCGACUUACUAUCGGGUCUCUGGAGCAGAGAUCCAGGCUUGUCUUCGUGGCGAAGUGUCCGAGUCGACACUGGUCAAGAUUUUCGGCGCUGUUUUCCUUUUAAUGAUAUCCGAGCUUCUCUCAUCUCCUGAAAUAUGUGCCGGAACGUCCUAUCUUCACUCCGGAUACCUCAUUCUACGGAGGUUCUACGCCCGCACACGACACUGGACAGGUCUCGGUCAUCUGCUCGUAUCAUGGGUAUCACUUCUAGACGUCAAGUCCCUGAUCGCUGGUCGAGAAGGCGACCCUCUCAUUGAGCUCGGCGACAUCGAGCACAUAUCAAAACCCCAACCCCAAACACCACACCCACCCGACGACUGCAAAGAAGACGAUGGCACCGAGGACCCUUUCCGCACCCCCAGCUACCUCGUCCACGAAGCCAUUGUCGGCCCGGCGUUCCGCUUCUUCGUCCAAGCCCAACAAGUUGUCCGCCGCAUAGUAUCCAUAGACCUACACCACCGCAGCCGCGGAACCCUAAGCGACGAAUUCGAAGUCCUCCAAAUAGCUCACAAAGUAGGCGCAGACCUCGAGUCACUCUGGCACCGCCGUCCACCCGUAAUAGACGUCUACAGCCGCCCCGAAGCGCUCUCCGAAACCUUGUGCACGCCCAUCGCCCUCGAAAUCUGCCGCACAUUCCGCCAGUACGUCGCCAACUUCCUCACGAACUUCAUCUACCUGCACCGGGUCGCGUUUGCUAUCUACCCGCGCACAGCCCGGGUCAACGGCGCUGUCAACCAGAUCGUUCAGUUGGCGACGGUUGAGUCGACCGGGCCGGGUCAUCUGCCCAUCAGCCUUUUGUGGCCGAUAUUUGUGGCGGGGUUGGAGGCGACAGGCGAGCAGAGGAAAUGGAUUGUCUCUGAGAUGCAGCGCAUGGCAGCGAAGGAGGCCGAUGAGGCUUUGCCUGCAAGUCAUCCCUCUGCUGAGAGAGUUCUUGUGCUAUUAGAGGAGAUGACGCGGCGGCAGGAUGCUUCGCGGACGUGGGCGGACUCGAAGUGUGUAAGGAGGGAAAUAUUCCCUGAUUUCUUUGUCGUGAUUUGA